AUGGAUGACGCAAUGAUGAACAUCAUGAACAAAGUGAUUUCCAGAACCUCACUCUCCCACACCGACGACCGCACCAAGAAAACGAUCAUCCUCAGAGCCCUCGAAGACGCCUUGUCGGAAGCAUUUAUCCCAGAAUCUAUGCUCGAAUUCCUCGAGGUACUAGAGAAACUGUUACUUCAUCGCGAAUCUUCAAAUUCAAAUUUAAUCAGUGCGGCCAUGAAAGCCGCCUAUUGUAGCAUUGCAGUAGAAUCUACCCUCAAGUAUCUCGAAGCAGGAACAUCAAACCCUAGAUACGGAAAAGCGGUGAAGAGGAUAUGGAAAGGUAAGGUUCAUGAUAUGCAGAGUGAGGGAAGUAGCUUUCUGUUAUCUGAUGAAUUGAAGCAAUGGAAAAGUGAGAUUGAGAAUUCGCUAUUGGAUGGGGGUGUUUUGGAGAAGCUUGCUUCUAUGGGGAGUACUCGAAGAGACGCGAUUCGAAAGUUGCGGGCUUUUUUGGCUGAAGCUUGGGAGAAUUUAGGUCCUUCUUGA